AUGAUGUUCGUCAUCAGAUGCGCUAAUCUGAAAGAAAUAGAAAACAAAAAACAACAAGCCCAGGAGGGGUUAGAGCAGGGCACAGCAUUGUUUGUGGAUGAGCAUAUGGAUGAAGAAAGGGGCUCUUCGUCACUUCCCAAGUCACAAUCAUCUGAUGCCCACCAUGAAGCAUUUGCACAAAAGGCAAUUGAUGCUAUAGCUGCAAUUGGACCUGGGUAUAAAUUGCCAUCAUACUAUAAAUUGAGGGUUAAUCUUCUAAGAGAUUGCAAAGAGGAAUGUAAGUUGUUGAUUGAUUUAUAUAGAAGAUCAUGGACUGAAAUAGGUUGCACACUCAUGGCUGAUGGUUGGACAGAUAACAAGAAUAGAACUUUAAUUAAUUUCCUUGUGUACAGUUCAAGGGGUGUAGCCUUCUUAAAAUCUAUGGUUGUUUCUGAUAUUACGAAGGAUGCCAAGACUUUAUGUCCGUUAUUUUGUGAAGUUGUUGAAUGGGUAGGACCACAGAAUGUUGUGCAACUUGUAACAGAUAAUGCUGCAAAUUAUAAGAAGGCAGGGGAACUACUACAUGAAAGAUUUAACAAUAUAUAUUGGUCUUCUUGCUCUGCUCACUGCUUGAAUCUUAUUCUUAAAGAUAUUGGAAACAUGUCUCAUAUUCAGGAACUUGCAAAAAGAGCAUCAAAGGUUACAAUAUUUGUUUAUAAUCAUGUUUUUAUUUUAGGUUGGCUUAGAAAGAGAGAUGGAUGGAAGGAAAUUAUCAAGCCCGGUGCUACUAGAUUUGCUACAACUUUUAUAACUUUGAGAAACAUAUAUGAUCACAAAAUCUACGUACAGGCUUUCAUAACAAGCAAAGUGUUCUUUGAUUCAAAGAUAUCAAAAAUAGUGAAAGGGAAAGAAGUAUCAUCUAUCAUUUUGGAUAAUAAAUUUUGGAAUGAUGGUUUGCUAGCUUCCAAAUUAUUUGGCCCUUUAAUUCAGUUACUGAGAAUUAUGGGUUCUGAUGAGAAACCAUCUUUGGGAUUUCUUUAUGAUGGCAUGUACAGAGCAAGGAAAGCCAUUAAGGGCAUGUUUAGAAAUGCUAAAAGGAUGUACAAACCUUACACAACUAUUAUAAAGACGAGAUGGGAUAGCCAGCUAAAACUAGGCAUACAUUGUGCAGCUUAUUUUCUUAAUCCACAUUUUCAAUAUGAUAAAGAAAAUUUUUGCCAGAAACCUGAAGUACUGCAAGGUUUAAUUGAGCUGAUUAGGAAUAAAGAUAUAUGUCCAAAAUCAUCAGCAGCAAUGCAUGAGGUUAGACUUUUCCGUGAUAAUUUAGAGAGUUUUGGCAAGCCAAUUGCACUAUCAAUAGCCAAAGAAAUGCAGCCAGAUGAUGAUGUCCUUGAUGAUGUUGAAAAUGAUAAUGAAAUAAUUGGCAAUGAUGAUAUUGAUGCUUUUGGAGGGGAGUGUUUUGAUGAACAAAGAUUUAGGGAUAUCAUUUUUGAUGCUUCAAAUCUAGAAGAUGACUUCUAG